UCCGAGGGCUUUGGCAUCUUGAGAUCGUCAAUCCCAUGGAUAAAGAGGCUGAGGGGGAUAGUAGUAAGCUCUUGAAGGUUCAUUUCGACGUCACCAGCAACGAAACACACACGCUACCGAGAAAGGAAGCCUCUCCUCCUCCUUCUUCCUCCUCUUCUUCAUCUGAGUCCGUCUCUUUGUCGGAAUCAACCCUUACUGAUCGAGAUGAGAGCGAUUCCUUGACGAAAUCGAACGGUUCUUCACAAGAGCUCGAAGGGCUCUCCCCAUCAGAGAGUUAUGCUCAAUCUCCGAUCUCGAGCACACAUGGCGAGAUCGCCUCUCCACUUCCCACGAGCUACAUGGCAGGACGACCCGCUGGCUAUGACCCGAAUAGGAUUCCAGUGGCCGUCUUUAACAGCAAGCCGACGAACCCGAUGGAUUGGAGUGUCGCUUCCAACGAAUCCUUGUUCAGCAUUCACAUGGGAAACAACAGCUUCUCCAGGGAUCAGGCUUUCUUGCUGUAUAAAUCGGGUGAACUAACCAAGCUUGAUGAGGUGUUCAGCGUCCCGACCACCCUGCCCCCCGUGGCAGAGGCCGUGGGUUAUCAGCAGGAAAGCGCGAGAUCAUCGUCCGCGACCCAGAUUGCUGGUUUAGUGAAGCCAUCGCUCCAAAUAACUGAAAUACUCCCUGAGGAAACGCCUCCAAGAACCAGCAAUGUAGAUAUCAAGAAAAGUGAAGAUGAUAAUGCUAAGGAAAAGAUGCAACCUACUGAGGAUGUCCGUAAUUCCACGAGCAUGUCUACACUCUCUGAUGGCAGCGGCGCAAGCACCGCUUCUUUUGCAUUCCCAAUAAAGAAAGAAAGAAAGAAAGAGAAAAAAGGAGACAGUGAAGACCAGGUUGAAGAAGAAGAAGAAGAAGAAGAAGAAGAACGCCAACAGCAACACCGACGCCGACGACGACGACUCAUCACGCGUUCCCUUCGAAGACCGCGGUAGGGCUGUCCCCUUCCCCCCCUCGCCCACGCCAUGGCCCG